ACUCCGAAGAGGUUACACCGAAACAGGAUCACCUGACUGCCUUGUAGGAGAUGCGUCGGAACGCACAAAGAUAAAAAGAUAGCAGGGUGAGAUAACAUGUUAUGUACUUAGAAACAGAUAGAAACUCGCAUCUUGUCUCAACAAAAGGGCAAUCAUACGCUGAUCAUAUCAGAGCGCAGGACAAGAUCUGAUUCACAUCGUAUGACAGCUUUCGCGCGCAUCACUUGCCACCGUCGGUGCAAGCAUAUUCCGGAAGACGUGCCCUAUAAGUGGGAUCAAGCUCAUCGUUCAUUUCUUUCACUUACCGGUUAAGACCCUCCUCGCUAAAAUCUUUGCUGGUCAAAGAUCAAAGCUCUACUGUCCGACCUACAUCACUUAGCCCCACCAUUUGCACCAACGACAAAACCCGCGACUAUCUUCAUCAUCAUCAUUAUGCGUUUCUCAACCAUAUCUCUCUUUUUCCUCGGUCUUGCUUCCAUCGCAUUUGCGGCACCUCGACCUAUGGAAUCGAACUCGGAAGGUGUUACUCCCAGUUCUUCUGAAACGAUCUCGCAAGCUCAGAAUGCGGAAGUUUCAUCAACUAAACUUGACAUCACCUGGGUUCGCCCAGAAGGGAGGACAACCCGAGUCCCACGAGAUCAACGAACCCAACAAAACAUCCAGAAGGGAGUCACAACAUUUUUUAAUGACGAAAAAGUAGGAAAAGCACUGGGCGUCACGGAAAAAUUGGUGCCAACAUUCCCUGUGAACAGAUGUGAAUACUACGCCCCCAAAGCUAAUUUUGGAUCAAUGGUUCUUAAGAGCCAGACGGUCCAAGUUUCGUUUAGAGGUUUAGAGAUCUGCGGAGGCGCUUGUACUGCCAAGGUGGUCAUUGGUGUUGGUUCGGGCGGCGUUCUGAAGGUCCAAGGCAGAAUCUAUAAUUCGGCGACGAAACUCAUUUUUCCAGUCACCCCUGAGAAAAAGGCAUCAGAGAGUGGAGAGGAGUAGGAAAAAUUUGGUCCGUCGUGGAAUUUCAAGCGCAGGGUUCGAAGCCUGUCGGCUGGAUUGGAUAGAGCGACGUGCGGGGCUUGCUGUGCUGCAUUAGUGCACGUUGUGGUGUAUAUCGAAUGAAUAAUCAACGCUUACUCGAUUUUGUUUUCCCCGGUUCCGCGUUUUCAAGUAUCUUUCGCUGGAAGGUCCUACUUCCAGUUCUUUCGAAACUCGCUCACAAUCUGAAGCUCAAAAUGCGGAUGCUCAAUCGACCAAAGUUGAGAUUUGCCCGCCGGGGAGUAGAAGCUCAGUAGCAAAAGCACAGAUUUCCUGACAAGGGCUACUACGACGACAAUUCCAGGUUUGGAAAACGGAUUUACGGUGGCAGGAUGGUCCAAUGUUCUUUUGGAGGUUUUAGAGGGGAUCUGCGGACAAGGCUCUUG